AUGACGACGACGACGGCGAUAACAACACCAUCAGCAGCUACCUCACUUUCAGCAAUUGAUCCACAAUUAUUAAAGCUUCUUGCACGUCAUCAUCAACAUUUACAGCAACAGCCAACUGCAAAAGAAUUUCUUCAACACGCAUUUUACUAUAAUCAUACACCACCAAAUCGAGUGGCUACGAAUUUACCUCGACAUCUGCUUGGCAAUGGUUUAUCGAAAUUGAAUACCGAAAACUCGUUGGCAAAUCUCAAACUAUCAGCCAUUAAUGGUAAAAUCGAUUCACAACAAGCAUUUAAUGAUUCUUCAAUUAAAAAACUAUCAAAAGAACCAUUAACGUUCGAUCAAUGGCUUCAACCACCAAUCGGUUCAAUGAUCCAGGGACCACCCUGUUUACCAGCUGAUACAUCAGCUGCAUCCCUCAAAAGUGAAACUGUCUUAUCGUCAGGUAAUUGUUAUUGGCUCCUACGUAGUUAUCGCCUCUAA